AUUCGUUAUAUUAUUCAUUUAAUUUGCUUAUAAUUAAAAUAUAUAAGUUAUAAAUUUUAUGAUCACAAUGGUGAAAACAGUGUACUUGUGGCACAAAUCCCGACAAGAGAGAAAAGAUCUGCUUUUUUAAAACUAACCUCAAAUUACAAUCGAUGGAGGAAUUUACAAAAAAACUGUAAGAGGAAAAAGUCAAAAUCUCAAAAAACAAUGAAUCCCUUUUUCGGGACGAAUUAAAUAAACUAUUUGAUAUAGCUCAUGCUGAUGUGCUAAAUUUACUGGAUAAAGAAAAAAGAUUAUUUUAUUUGGGACAAAAAUCUUCCAGUCGACGUGGUUUUAUUUCAUAUACAUAAUUCUCAACCAAUUCUAGAAGAUGUUGAAGAUAUGGAUGUUGAUGUAAGCGAUGAAAAUAAUAACUACAGUAAUAGUGAUAACAAUAAUGAAGAGAACAUUGAUAUCAAUUAUAAUAACAAUAAUGAUAGUGGUACAUUUGAUGUCGGAGAGUUCGGUAAUGACAAUGUUGACUAUUCUUGUACAGUUGAGACUGAUAAUGUUGUUAAUCAUGAAAUAUAAAGUCAAACAUCUAAGUUAUCCCAGAAAUCUUUGGAAAGUAAUACUUCUCGUAUAAUCUCUGAUUAUGAAGAUGAAAUUCCAAAGCAACAAGUUCCUAAAAUUGAUCUAAUGACACCAGAACUUGCUGCGGCUUUGGAUAGAACUAAUGUGAGUAGUAGGUCGGCGACUUACAUUUUUGCUGUUUUAUUAUCUAGCCUAAAUAUUGAUUGUGCAAGCGUAAACUUCAGUCAUUUGACUAUUCACCGAGCACGGGAAAAAUUUCGCAAAGAAGCGACGUUAAAUCUGAAAACUAAUUUGGAAACUGAUAAUUAUGUGCUACAUUUUGAUGGAAAACUGUUGUCAGAUAUUACAGGUAUAGAACAAGUUGACCGGCUUCCUAUUAUUUUAUCAUUAUCAGGUAAAUUUCAACUGUUAGGAGUCCCUAAACUAGAAUCUGGAACUGGACAAAAUCAAGCUUCAGCUAUUAUUACAACAGUAAAACAAUGGAAUAUUAAUACUGAUAACAUCGAAGCAUUGUGUUCUGAUACUACAGCGUCAAAUACGGGAAUCAGAAAUGGUGCGUGUGUAUUAGUAGAAAAGGCUCUGAAUCGACAACUGUUAUACUUGCCAUGUCGACACCAUAUUUUUGAAAUUGUUCUUCGAAGUGCAUUUGAAAUAUACUGGUAUUUAUGACCAAUAUAUGCUGGUAUUUAUGACCAAGAAAUUUUGGAAGUUAUAACACCAAUCAAAGAUGAAAUUUUGAAAUUCGUUAAUAAUCAAAUAGAAAUGGAUCAUUGUCGUGACGAUUACCGUGAACUCCUGCAAUUAUCAUCGAUAUUUUUGAGUGCUACUACCACAAAUAUUACAUUUAAGCGUCCUGGAGCCGUCCAUCAUGCAAGGUGAAUGGCUAAAGCAAUAUAUAGUUUAAAAAUUUUUUUAUUUAGAAAUGAAUUUCAUCUUACUAAAUCAGAAAUAGCUGGAUUACGAGAACUUAGUUUAUUUAUCAUAAUAUUCUAUUUAAAAGCUUGGUAUACUGCGCCGUGCGCUAUAGCAGCACCUAAUAAUGAUUUAACUUCAAUUAAAGAAUUAAUUUCAUAUAAAAAAUUUAAUAAUACUAUUUCACGGGCAUGCUCAGAAAAAUUAGCCGAUCACUUGUGGUAUUUAAAUAACGAGUUGUCUGUUUUAUCUCUCUUUGACGAAACUGUUUCAGUUGAAACAAAAAGAAGAAUAGUUCAUGCUUUAAAAAACUGUGAAACCAAUGAAACUACAACGAGUCGUUUUAUAAUCGAUAAGAAAAAUUUAGAGUCAUUAUUAAAUAAAGAUCUUAGUCAAUUUGUAUCUAUGAGAUCGAUAAAUCUGUUUAAAUCGUUUGAUUUGUCGUAUGAUUUCAUUGAUGAGGAUGUAACUUUGUGGCCUCAGAAUCUAAAUUACAAAAGAAACUUGGAGUAUUUUGAGAAACUUCAAGUUGUAAAUGAUGUAGCAGAACGCGGCGUGGCAUUGAUAGAGCAGUAUAAUCGAUGCUUAACGAAAAAUGAAGAACAGCUUCAGUAUUUAUUGCAAGUAGUGACAGAACACAGAAAACGAUAUCCUAAUUGCAAUAAAAAUAAUUUUAUAA